GCGUCAUCACGCACAGCUGCAGGUUGACGUCUGUUCUCGGCUGUAGUCGUUAGAUAGCAACGGUUAGCUUCAAGCGGACGGACUCUGUUACGGAGCUCCGUUACAAGCUUCAUCAAACGGAAUAAAAUUUGUAUUAAUGAACGUCGGAGCGAAGGAAGAGACAGUAGCGGGGCUCCAGACUCUCAGGACGGACCGUGGUCGCUGCCAUCGGCCUGUCCUCCUCCUUCAGGUUUAAAUGGAGUUUAGUCUGUUUGACCAGAACCGGCCUGAACUGCCCGUCUCUAACUUAUACCCCGUCACAUCGAACAUCCCGGGUCGACCUGCCUUUGGUGCUUUCACAUCGCCAGAAGUCCCAGGUCGGAUCUGCCGCUACGUCGACAACGUCGUCAUUAUGCAUUAAAGCGCAGUACUUUGCAGGUGUGCUGCGUUGUGUUCUCUUUGUGGUGGAGGUGGUGGUGCUAUUGUCUGGUCCUGGUUCUGGUCUGGGAGGAGUCACCGUGAACGUCUAAGACAUGUGAGGCCUCAUCACCAGCAGCCAGUCAGCACGCAGCUUGGAGGAGCAUCAUGCGCUCAGAGGUGCGUUUGGAAGCAGUUGCCGCUCAGACGUUGUCUCAGAUGAACCAGCAGGGGGUGCUGCCGAGGACCUGCAGUGGUAACCACGGUAACGUCAGCCGCCUCCCACUCAGUAUCAUCUCCACCAACACGUUCCGCUGCAGAAGCGCCACCAACAGCACCGUGGUGGCGCUCCGGUCUGGCCCCGCCUUCGGGUUCCACCCCCCGCCAGUCUGUGACGACAUGGAAAUGAUCCAGAGCGGCGCAGAGGACAGCGACGCCGUGAUGGACAUCUGGACCGUCAUCAAGCCGGGACAUGUCCGUGAAAAGAUCGGCCUCUUCGCCUCAGAUGGCGGGCGGACCGGCACCAGUUUGGGCUCUGGUGACUGGGACACAAACCACACCGCCAUUACGGCGCUGUCCCGGGCCGGGAAGGCCAAGGGAAUGUGGGAGGAGUCCGGAAGUGCCAAACGGCGGCGGCGGGUCCUCCACCAUGAUGCUCAGCAACACGGGCUCAGAGCAUGUCCAGACGGGCGGCGUGGAGACGAGCUGGUGUCGGUGGUGGAGAUGGUGGCGUUCCUGGAGCAGAGGGCGAGCGAGCAGCACAUAGACUCUCCGCUCUCUCUCCAGAGGAGCUCCACCCCUAUCACCCUGUCCAGAGCGCCGCCCCCUGAGCUCAGAGAGGGAUCAGAGGUCAAGGGGGAGGAGUCAGAAAGCAUCAGGGUGUCGGACAUGGUGGCAAAGCUGGAGUCCGAGUAUCUGAGGAGGAGGACGGAGGGAGAUCUGUCAAGGAGCAACAGCCUGAGGAGAACAGGGGGGCGGGUCCUCCAGAGCUCCGCCCCCUGCCAGCCUUCAUCACCAUCACCUUCAUCAUCACCUUCAUCACCACCUUCAUCACCAUCACCUCAGAGUUCCAUCAGGGAACCAAUCAGCAGGUCACAGACUGUGAGGAUGGUUUUGACCACGCCCCUCUCCCCAGGUCUGGCCACACCCCACAUCAAUGUGACUGAGAUGACUGCCCUGGCCCCUCCUCCUGAGGGGGAGGAGCCUUUGCCUGGCUUGUUGUUUUUGUCCCCACCCCCCCCCACAGACUCAGAGCCCCAUUCCUCUGGGUGUAGGCCAUCAUGUGACCUGCAGCCCGCCCCCCCUAAGUCCUGCCAGUCAGGAAGGAAGGCUAUGGGCGUGUCCCAGGACUUCCUGGAUAAGCGCCACCGGCUGCAGCAGCUCCUGGAGCCUCAGCCAAUCCUGUCGCUGCUUCCUCACCACCUGCUGCUGAAGAUCCUGCUGCUGCUGCCGACCCAGAGCCUCGCUGCGCUCAAGUGCACUUGCAGCUACUUCCUGUUCAUCAUCGACCGAUAUGGCGUGCGGCCCGCCGACUCACUCUGGGUGUCCGACCCCCGUUACCGCGACGACCCGUGCAAGCAGUGCAAGAAGCGCUACGGUCGCGGCGACGUGUCGCUGUGCCGAUGGCACCACAAACCGUUCUGCCAGGCGCUGCCGUACGGCCCGGGGUACUGGAUGUGCUGCCGUAGCAACCGCAGGGAGGCGCCGGGAUGCAACGUGGGUCUCCAUGACAACCGCUGGGUGCCGGCCUUCUGCAGCGUCAAUGUCCCCGUCUACCGGAGGAGCCGCAACCAUGACGACGAUUUAAAAUGAAUAAUGGGCUCAGACUCAGCUGAUGUCAGUGAAGGAGGAGGAGUCUCUGUCAGGACUCUUCUUCUGGUCUGGGAUCAGCUGAUCGACGGUCACUAAACUCCUUCAUCACCAUCCUUCGCCAUCAAUGAACUCAUCGUUUUAGAUGCGGGCGAAGCUUCAGAGCAACCGUUUGUUAGGCGCUACCUGUGCACCUGUUUGUGUUUACAUUUGACUGUUUGACUGGAUUUUAUCCUGUUCCUGUAAGAACUUUGAUCAGCUGACUGGGGAUCAGCUGAUGGGGGCGUGGCCUUGAGUGUUGGAGAUGCUGCAAUAAAAGAAACUGAUGAAAAGAGUUUGAGAGAAAAGAUGGAGAACAGCCUCUGAGAUUUUUAAGGUUCUCUGUUAAAGAUUUUGUGCUUUAAUAAAAUUCUUUCUCAUUCAAA